AUGGAUCGGAAGAAGGGCCCCACCUUUGACAUCCUUCCCCCCCCACUGGAGAAAAUAAAAAAAACAGACAAAAAAAAAACCCAGGAUGAAGCGAAGGAACUGCCCCGUAAUGAGUUAGCACUCGAACCCCCCAAGACGGUCAUCAAGCAGACGAGUCCCAUGCCACACGAAGAGGCCAAACAAAGCAAGGAACAAACAAAGAAGGCCACUAAUUACGUGGCCGAAAAGUACAGCAACGUCAUUUUAAACAGCGACGAGAUCAGUCAAAUCAUGAGCAGCAACUCUCAUUUUAAAACGCUCGUAGAAAGUGAAAAAGUAUCAACCUUCAUGGGAGACUAUUUGAAAAACCCAUUGGUCGCGAUAAAAAAACACGAGAAGGACGAAACGAUUGCACGAUUCCUGGACUGCCUCUUCCAGUACAUGAAUCAGAAAAGUCGCAACAUUCAUUUGGCGAACCUGUCGGACACCUUUACCAUCCCCAGGAGGUGA